AUGCGCCCUGUGCGUGGCGUUGGCUGCUACAUGUCAAAUCAAGUACAUACGUGUUGUACCAGGAAGGUUGUAGGCUUAGAGGGCCGUACAUUUCUGAUCGCGGCGAAGUGUCACAUUCGUCGGUUCGACAUCCUUUGCGCAUCCUGCUUGUACAUUUGUCUGUCUUCGUGUGGCUUGGUUCGUUUCGGUUCAUUUCAUUCCAUCUUAGUGUAA